AUGGCUAAUUUGACAGUUCAGUCAUCGAGCAAAAGCAGUUCUCGUGGCACAUCCCCCAGCAGAAACAAUCCACCGAGUCAUACUCAUCAACGACAAGCGUCAGCAACGUUUGAGCACGCACCAAAACCAUGUAAUCCGAGCGUGAGUCAAACGGGGGAAGGCAGUACUGGAAGUGGCAGUAGCAGUGGUGGAGGUGGUGUGAUAAAGGGAAAUAGACAGAGAUCACCAGCGGCACAGGUGCGCACUGGGGAUACCAUGGAGGAGGCCAAUGUCACGGGAAAUGAGAGCGAGGAUUUCACAUCCAAUGUGCAUCCACCGACUGAUGACGAGGGGGAAAUGUAUCACCCGACACAAUCGUUCUUAUCGAACGGUUCGUCCGAGUUGAUAAGUGACGACGUAGACUCCAGCGUUUCACGGGUGAAACAGGCUAUUGAAAAUAUACAGAAUAAAAUAACGAAAACGCGGGAGCUCAUAAGGAUCGAGCAGAAAACACGAGAUGAAAAUGUGAACGAAUAUUUGAAGCUUGCAGCGAGCGCUGAUAAGCAGCAGUCGGCGAGGAUUAAGACAGUCUUCGAAAAGAAAAAUCAAAAGUCUGCUCAUAACAUUUCUCAACUGCAGAAGAAGCUCGACACCUACAUGAAAAAAUUAAAAAAUUUCGAGAUGAAUGGACCCCAGGCCAGCCACCGACAACCACGAGAGGUGCUCAGAGACAUGGGCCAGGGUUUGAAAAAUGUCGGUGGCAACAUCAGGGAUGGCAUCACUGGGUUUUCAGGGAGUGUAAUGUCCAAACCGCGAGAAUUCGCCCACCUGAUAAAGAACAAAUUCGGCAGUGCUGAUAACAUCAACACACUCUCACAUGGCUCAACUUUUUAUGUAAACGAACAACCACGUGCAGGUAACGGUGACAAUGGUAGUGUUGAGGAAGAAAAAACUCAUCAUGGAUCGGCAACAUUACCCGGUGGUUGUAGUCUAGGCUCCAGUCAGACCCCAGGGCCUAUAAAAUUCCCCUCGGAGGAGGGCUCCGAGUGCUCCAGUGUCACCAGUGAAAGUGGACCUGGUAGCAGGGGACAGGCACACGCCUGCCACAGUAACAAUGCCGCCUUCAGUUUGAAGACUAUUUUUACCGAACUUCAGGAACACCGGGAGAAUUUCGAUCGGAUGAGGGAGAAGUUGGAUGGUGUGAAGACCCUCCAGCAGGAAGUGACAUACCUCUCAAAUGCCCUACAAGAGGAGCGCUUCAGAUGUGAACGUCUGGAAGAACAAAUAAACGAUCUGACCGAGCUCCACCAGAACGAAGUGGAAAAUUUGAAGCAAACGAUAACCGACAUGGAGGAAAAAGUGCAAUACCAGAGUGAAGACCGUCUUCGGGAUAUUCACGAGAUGCUCGAGAGUUGUCAAACUAAAAUAUGGAAAAUGGAACAUCAACAACAGCAGCACCAACAAUACGUCACUCUUGAGGGAUUGGACAACAGCAAUGCUCGGGCUCUCGUUGUAAAGCUCAUAAACGUGGUUUUAACAGUUCUCCAAGUGAUUCUAUUGCUUGUUGCCACGGGUGCGGGUAUCAUGAUGCCAUUUCUCAGGACCAGCUGUACUAAGCCUCAUUGUUUCAUGUGCAGGGUGCGCAUAUUGACAACAACAAUUGUCGUACUGAGCAUUAUAUUCGUCCUACAACAGUGGCCUGAGGUCCAUGACGUUGGAAGCCAUCUCAUGCGACAUCUCAAGCAGACAUUAGCUGUGAAGUAGCACUGCAAGUUUCCAUUCAUCAAAUGUUACUCCCACUUUUAGUUAAUUUUUACCCACCUACAAACUGCCCUCGAUGAAACGAAAGUGAUUCAUUCUACCCCGGGGUAAAAUGAAUCAGUCGGUUUAUCGUUUGUUCAAUUAUUAAAGGCGAAGUGUUUGCAGAUUAACACUCUGGUAUUUUUCGGGGGGUUUCUCAUCGAUUAAUCGUUCGAUGAUAAAUGACUGGGGCGUUUUGUCACUUAUGUGACGCAAUUGCUCGAACAUUAAUGGGGCAUAAUGAGGAAAAAUACUGGAGAGCAAGAGUUUUAUUGUUGCAAAUUGUAAUUAAACGAUUCGAAUUUUUCGAAACGACACGAAACAUGACACGUAGUGGAAAUAAAUCAAAGGCUGAAGAGUUUAAAAGACGUUGAUAUAAAAAUAUGUAAAUGCCAAAAUUGUUUAAGUAUUUUGAUAUGAAAAUUGCCACUGGACUUUCGUUUAUUCGCGGAUUUUUUGAGUUCCUUCGCUGCUGUUCGUUCACGUAGCUAUUGCACAAACUGUUUUUUUUUCGUUCCUUCAUCACGUGAAAUAGGUAUUCUCGUGUCCACCGGUGUAUUGUCAAAUUGCUGUGACUACUGAUAAGUUUUAACACUGUUAGUUAUAAAUAGCGAUAGGUUAAGAAUCAUCAUUUGGGAUCAAGGGUGGCAACUGUUAGUGGCAAUGAGUUAUGAACUAUAUUAUGAACAAAAACACAAGAUUAUUGACUUUAAUUUCACUGGCUCGAUAUCAAAUUAAGUUAUGAAUUUAUUGGAAUUUAUUUUGUAUAUGGAUAUGGAGAUUUAAUGUACAUAUAAAUUAAGGUAUUCCUCUCGUAAUUGCAUCAAUGAAUUCUUCAACUCUCGUAUUAUUCAUUAGAUAAAUUGAUGAUUCAUCUGUAAAUAAACUGUUUUAGAGUACAAUGACAUUUAGGGGGAUUAUUCAAUAGUCUAGGAUUAACGAAUAAUUCUAGUAGGCUUUUUAGAAUAAUGGCUUUGUAAAAAUUGAUGUAUUUACAUAGAUGACGAAAUAACAAUGGUUGAUAUACGAUUUUAGCACAAAAUUUGGGAUAAAAGUAAUAUUAUGUCAGAUUUAUUGGUGCUUUCUAUUUGUAAGAUGUCGUUCAUUCGUAUGAAAAAUUAGGAUUUAUCAAAUUAGGGGCCCCUGCGCCAUGUAUUGGAAUAAUAACUUCAUUUUUAAUGGGUAAAAGCUCCAUUAAUUCACAUUAAGACAAAAGUUAUAUUUUAAGUCACUGUGAUGGACGAUUUUUGUACUUUAUUAUGACUAUUAUUUCAACAUUAAACUUAUUAUCACGAUUUAACAACGUAUUAUCAAAAUCAUCUGAAGUUGUUAAUGAAAAUUUACGUUAUUUCGUUGGUCACUUCAGGGGCCCCCAGCCCCUAGACAUUCAUCGCAGAGUGAAAUAGAUGUUUAUGAUUGUCAUGGAUGCCCUGCUGAGUCUAUUGGUGAUGUUUCUCAAAGUACAUAACGCGAGGAAUAUGUAUUUACGUCGAUUGCGAGGCGUAAUUUCAAUUUUUAAUUCAGAGAAUUUCGUUCACACACGAUAAUAAUCCAAUUUUUUUUCCAGUGCGAUCACUAAUAUUUGGAGACCCAAAAAUAUGUUUCUAUUUAUUCAUUCUAGUAUCAUUCCUUUUUACUGUUCAAUCAUGGAUAUUAAACGAAUGAAUAAAAUUAA